AUGGAGGCGCCGGAGUCUUCUCCGUUCGCAGCCUCGGCCAGGUCUGAGAGCCUCAGCGCGGGAGGGGGCUGGGCCUCGCGGUCGCAGAGCUCCUCUCUGCACUCUUCUUUCGACUCUCACGACGGCCCUGGGGCUUCGGCGCCUGUCCGCCUCAACGUCCAUUCCGCUUCGGUUCCGCGCACAGAGACUCUCCCCCCGGAGUCGCCUGCUUGCCGCGAGGCCCGCGGCCUCGUCGACCUCUCGCCCUCGGCACGCGUCUCGUCGCCGCCGCCCGCCUCGGGACGUGCCCUGCCGCUGUCGCCUGCCUCUGUGCGCACGGUGAGUUUCCGGCUUCCGUCUCCGCACACAGGGUCUCCACAGGCGUCUUCGCCGCUCGGGUCGCCGCUGUCGGCGAGAUCCAGCGGGCUGCUUGCCCCUGUCUCCCUGGCCUCGGCCGCGCCUGCGCCGCCACCGGCGUCGCCUUGUGAGGCGGCGUGGCAGCACCCAGAACCGACUUUGCAGGCGCUGCUGGCGCCGCGCUCUCCGUCGUCUUCUGCGUCCUCCUCCUCCGCGCCGCCGCCCCUGUCUGCACCCGGCUCGCCGAGCGCCGGGUUUGGGUCAUUCUUCUCGCCCUCUGCGUUGCAGCGGGCGGCCGAGUUGCGCCCAGAGGAGACCUCGUCCCCGAUCCUCGUUCGCGAGCUUUCGCAGACCAGCCAUGCGUCGGACGGCUCGAGCGGCGGGCCUGCGUGCUGCUGCGCCUCGGUGUGCAGGGGCUACCGCGCGCCGACAAAGUGGGAGGUUCACACCUGCUUCUCCUGCGCUCUCCUCGCGUUCGCCUACGUGCUGUUUUGCGUCAGCCACACGUUCUUGGCACUCGCUCUCUGUGCCGUCGCCGCGGUCUCGCUGUUCCUGGUCAGAGGCGAGAAAAAUGCCUUCUCGAUGCACCUUCUCUUCGUCCUCGUUGUCGGCCUCUUUGCGCUCUCCACGGCGUGGACAGUCAGAGAGGGGCGGGCGAUGGAGAGAGCCGCACUUCUCCAGCGCCAGGAGCUCCUCCUCGCCCGCCACGCGACCCUUCACUUCUCCAGGACGGAGAACAACUUGACGCUUGCGAGAAGCGAGUUCGCCGGCGGAGAGGGCGAGGCUGGAGGCGAGGGGGAGGGCGACGCGAUGCGGGGAGACCAAGCGAGACUUGCCCAGGCGCCGAGACUCGCCGCCGGGGGCAGCAGGAACUUGCAGUCGUUCAAGGACGAGGUGACCUUGCGAAAUCAGUCCUACGACAGAACGCUUGGCACGUCCAUCGCAGUUGUCAGUUUCCUCUUCCUGGUUUUUCUCGCGAGCUUCAUGGUGGCGGGGUACCUGGGCUACCUCCCGUUUUACUUUUUCGUGUAUCAGAACACGACUGCGGCGCUCUUUUCGUUCCGCGGCUUCUACGCCGCGCUGUUAUGCGGGUUCACCCCCGCCACGUGCUUCCUCCUCUUUUGCCUAAAGUCCUACUUGGCUGCCUUUGCGCUCCUGCCGGCGGUCGCCGUCGCGUUUGCGCUCUUCGUCCACGCUCAGAUCGCACCUUUCAAGCGCGCCAGGCGGCCGCGGCGCCAGCCGUCCCACUCGCCUGCGGCCUCGUUCUCGGGGUUCCAGCUCACAAACGUGCACUCGCCGACAGCCAGAGCCUGGAACCGCGAGCAGUACUCGGCCCUCGAGGGGAAAUUUGAGAAGCAGCUGCAGAAGAGAAAGCGAAACUUGCUGAUUUGCGUUCUAAACGAAGCAUUGCUCAUUGUGUGCAUCGUCGUCGCCGUCGCCCUGCUGGGGCUGGUCACUGCAGACAAAGUCAAGGCACGGGGAGACACACGACCACCUGAGGAAGACCUGGUCGCGCCGCCUUCGCCUUUUGCCAAGUCUGACACGGAAAGCUCGGAUUCCUCCGAGGGAAAAAGUGGAGUCGAAUCCCACAGAGACGACAUUCGCCUUGCGCUGUUGGUGUGCGAAGAAGUGGUGCUUGCCCUCUCGCUUCUGCUUCUUCUGCCGCGCUUUGUUCUGCUGUGCGUGAGAUACCACAAAGCUAAGGACGACGUACGUGAAGAGGAAUUCGACGCAGCCCUAGGCUCCGGAAAGCCGCGCCGCAGCGCGUCUGCCAUGCUGCUCUUAGGGGCGCCCUGUGCGGCGGACGCGCCUGGUUCAGACGGCCAGAGCAAACGAUCGUGGGGAGGAAACGCCGCCGGCGGACUCGACAUGGAGGAAGGCAAUAGGCCACAAACUCUCCUCGAAGAGGACCAAGACGACGUAGAAGUUGAACUCGUUGGGCGAUAUGAAGUGCGACAAAACAGGAACAACGACGGCUUCGAGUUCCGCUACGUUUACAGUGUGAAGCUCGUGACGCUCAGCGAGCGCGAGCAGGUGUUUCGCCUCCGUCUGGGCGCCGUCCCCGUGCCUCCCCCGAAGGAACUCUGGACCAACGCGCAGAUUCGGCUCGCCUCACCACCAGCCAAGCGCCUGGUCCGCUCGCUCACCGCCUUGCCGGUGCCGGAGGCGCUCUCGGAGAUCGACGAACAAGAAAAGAAAAUCCUCUCUGUGCUUCCUUCAACGGCCGCCACGGUCCUCUCAGCGCGAUCCUGGAACGACUCACACGCCUUCCUGCCGGACCGCGCCUCAACCCUCCUGGGGAAACACUCGCUUCAGUCCGAGGCGAUCUGCCUUCCGUUCGACAACCACCAGUCGUACUGGGCUCAGGAGAGCCACUACAAAGCCCGCCCGUCGACUCUGCGCGGCUUCUCGCACUUCGCCUCGCUGACCUCCACUUCUCCCCACCCGUACUCCGGGUCGCCCGUCCCGCCUUCGCAGUCGCACGCCUGGCGAGACGCCGGCGGCAAGGAGGAGCGGCUCGCGCUGCUUGACGGCAGCCACUCGGGCAUCAGCGGCUCGCCGUCAAUCUCCUCGGCAACUGCCGACGAGGCCGCAGCGGCGCCGCCGCGCGGCGCGGAAGAAGCGCAUGAGAGCACGAGCGAAGACGCGAGUCGAGAGGCCGAGCAGGGAGAAAAGGAGGUCGAAGACGGCCCAGACGGCGACGCGUCGUGCAGCCGAAAGAGAAAGCGGUUUCGCGCUGGAAGCACUUCGUGCGCCCUCUCUCCGAGUGGGGCGACCGGGACCCUGGCGGAGCACAUAGAGGGCGAGCGAGCGGAGGAAGGAGACGAGACCGAGACGAGCCCCGUCGGGGAGACAGAGGAGGCGCCUAGCCGCCACCAGCUGCACGCGCUACCGCUCUGCAGGGACGACUUGCCCCGCCUCCACUCGACCGCAAGCGACUCGCCGUGCUUUUCCUUCACGCUCGUCUCCCCGCGCAGGGUGCGAGACGACGAGACGGCCGGUCUCGAGGAGGAAGUUCUGACGGUGUCGUCUUCCUCCGUCGACGACCAGGAGCGCGAGCUGAGUCUCGGCUUCCUGGUGUCGCCGCGGGACGAGUCGCCGGACGUGGACGAAGACCUGGCACUCGGCGGCGUCGCGGACGCCGAGAAGCCCUCCGCCGUCGACAUCUUCCUCAGACAGUUCGAGUUGGAGGCGCGGAAGGCUCAGCGCGACUGCGCGACGCGCCACAGCAGCGUGGGCUCGGUGUUUGGCGCCCCGGAGCCGCGGGGAGUGGACGCGGCAGCCAGCCCUCUGCCUGCCCUCGACGCCUGCAGCUCGGGGCACGCGGAGGAGACUCUGCCCGCCCCCCUGUCACCCAGCUCUGCCAGCGUCUUCGCGCCGGUGCCGCAGACUGACGAGGAGAGCACGAGGACCUCCAUUUCGCUUGGCGUUCCAGCCGAGGAGAAGAAGGAAGAACAGCAGCGAGCGGAGCCGGAGCGUAAGCCGCGCGUCGCUGCCGGCGCGAGCGACUCGCGCGGACGCUCGCCGCACGCGGAUCGCGAGCGGGGAAGACGGCCGCUUUCACUGGCGUCGCUGGGGCGGAAGGCGAAAGCCGACGCAGCCAGGCGCCGGGCGCGCUCGCUCUCCCGAGACGCGGUCUCGCGCCCGCUCUCGUCUCCGUCUGCGGCCGCGGGGACUUCUAGCCUGGCGACGCGCGUCAUCGCCCAAGUCCGCGCGGAGCAGCUCGCGCGCGAGAGCCAGCAGGAGUCGACGGGCGCGGCGCGGCGGCGGUCUGUCUCAGCGGAGGGCGGCGACCUGCCCCUGCGCGCCGCCUCGCGCCCCGGCACGAACCACGCGGCCUACGAGGAGGCGUUUCGGCGCAUCCUAGAGGGCUGCGCCAUCGCGGUGGAGGAAGACGACUGGGCGUUUGCCCGAGGCGUCGCGGAGCUCCCAACGCGGACGAAAACCCUCCAGGAGGACGCCUUCCAGCUGAAGCCCGGCGCAGAGCCAAGCCACGACGAUACAAGCCGCGGGCAUCUCGCCCUGCUGUCCCCGGCGCCCGACGCGGCCUCGCCGCCGUCUCUGUCGCCGGUCGGCGGCUCUCCAAGGGACGAGGAGUCGACCGCCAAAGCGGACGAAGAGGUGAGACAAGUAGGCGCGGCGAAGGGCCUGCGCGACUCGCGCCAGAACGCCGAAAAAGGAAAAAACUCGCCGCUGGCGCCGCCCUCCUCCCCUCUAGGCCGGAGGUCUGUAGCCUCCUCGGCGCUCUUCACCUUUGGCGCCCGCUCGCGCUCGCUCUCUGACGACAGCCUGGGCGCCUCCGCGCCUCCGCGCCUCGACUCGCCGCCCCUCUCCCCUUUGGACUUCCAGCUGCCCUAG